UCGCUAGUCGGAAAUGAGAGAGGGACACGGCUGAACCGACUAAGCCGCGCAUCGGUCAAGAUCAUCGUUCUGCAGGUGCGCGAGGAUUAUGCAAGCACAUUCGGAUUGGCGCUCGACGAUAAUCGUAACAUGCAGUUUCGCGAUCGUUUUCGUGGCGUUCGUCUGGAGCGUGAGGAAAAAUUCAUCGGAAAAAGAGAAACAACCGAAGAAAGACGAAAAAGAGAAACAACCGAAGAAAGUCGAAAAAGAGAAAGCGGAUAUCGUUAACGGAACUAUCAGUCACGGAAACGACGCGAACGAUGAACCGGAAGAAGAGGAACAGACCGAGGAUGACACGAUUUCCGAACUACCCGAUCCUAAUUGGGUAAAAGUGGGUCAAGUUAGAGAACUGUAUAUAUAUCCAUUGAAAUCUGGGCGUGGAAAAGAAUUGAGGGAUAGCAAUUUCACGGAAUACGGAAUUUCCGUGGAAAAUCAGGGGUUCACCCUCCGAGACAGAAUGUUUCUAGUGUACAACGAGGAGACUGGUCGUUUUCAAACUGGCAGACAAUAUCCUACAUUGAUUCUCGUCAGUCUAUCAGCUGUCGAUGAAUCGAGGGUGAAAUUGGAAGCGGUAGGGAUGCCCAGGGUGAUCUUCACCGUGCCAAAGUCUUUGGAGAACAGUAUCGAAGCCGUUCAAUGCAAAAUGUGGUGGGGCGAGCCGGUAAAAUGUAUCGAUUGUGGACAAGAACCUGCUGAAUGGAUAUCAAGGUUCUUAACCGGAACGAAUUCAGGUCUCCGUUUAGGGUACACGAUGAUGGACAAAAGAGACCUAUUCAAAGAGCCCUGGAAAAAGUACACCGAGGUGUACCAAACGAUCAGAAACGAGGAUACUGGGUUGUUCUGCGACCUAGCGAGUUACAUGUUGAUGACCGUGCAAUCUGUGGACAAGUUGAAUGAGAAAUUAGAGACACCAGUGCCGGCGUUACAAUUCCGUCCAAAUAUUUUACUCUACACGAAGGAAGCAUUCUCGGAAGACGAUUGGGAAUGGAUAAAAAUCGGCGAACGAGCUGUUGUUAGAAACGUCAAACCAUGUACACGGUGUAAGUUUGUGCUUGUGAAUCCAGAUAAUGGAGUAAUGGACGACGAAGAGCCAUUGAAGACUUUAAAAACAUUUAGGCAAUUAACAGAUCCAAAACGCCUUGCUUUGGAAGGAACCGCACCCAAGAUGGGAAUCUACUGUGGAUUAUACGUCCCUGGAAAAGUGAAAAUCGACGAUGAUGUCUUCGUUCACAUUCCUAAUAAAUCAUCGAUCGAAUCGAAUCAUCGUGAAACGAAAUAGAAGUUAAAAAGUACGAACAGUAACUUGCUUCCAAAGGCCUUUCUUUUUAUGAAAGUAGAUCAAUUAAAAUUGUUGAAUUUUUGCAAGUAUAUAAUAAGAAAUAGUACCUUCAGAGGAACAAUUUGUGAAUAGUUCCUGAAAGGAAGACAAUACGAUAUACGAUUUUUAUGAUGAAUUAUUGCUGACAAAAAGCUUUAUAAUAUACACUGGGUGUCUCAAAAAUAUACAACGAAAAGUUAUUCUUAAAGAAACUUCCAAUAAUCUUCUAAUACUUCAAGACACCCUAUAGACACGUAAAAGAAUUGUUACAUCAAAUAAAGUUCCAAUUGUUACAAA